CAGGUUUUGAACAAAUAAGGCGGAUCCCUUAUUUUUACCAAAAUUCAAUUUCCCGCCCCUCAAAUUUGCCUAAACUUUACUCAAACCAUUUUCUCACACAACAAUAAACUCAUUUCUCUGUACCAAUUCUCUCAAAACAAAGAAAAAAAAAACAACCUUUAUCUUUGAAGCAGCUGCUCUAAAAUAAAAUCAAGAUUCCAUUUUUCAAGACUGUACAUUGAGUUCUACCAAUUUUUCUUGAUUUUGUGUUAAAUUUGUUCUCCAAGGGUUCAUAUUGGAUUAGUGAUUUAAGGAUGGAUGAAGAUAAUGCUAUUGAAAGGCGUAGCAAAAGUCGUCCUGUUUUGGGAAAUAUAACAAAUCAGGUUGGUACUAAAAGACCAUUUUCUUCACUUUUGGGCAAUUCAAGUCUAAAAUCUGUAGAUAGGGGAAGUGAAAAUGUAGGGAGCAAAUUUGUUUUGGUUGAUGACGGAAAUAUUGCCAAACGUGUUUGUGUUGCUCCUCGUCCUUGUAACAAGAUUUCAUCAUCAAAGGUAGAUGUUGUAUCAGGGAUUUCAAAUUUACCAAAUCAAAACCAGGAUCCCAAUUUGUCACGUGUUGAUUCAUCUACUGCUAUCUCCCAAAGUAUAAUAGGAGAUACCAUCGAGAACAAAAGUGCUUGUGCGAGUGCUAUUGAAAAGAAAGAUUUUGAAGCUAUAAAUGAUAAGGAUUGUUUGGCAACUGGGGUGCCGGUGCCAGUGCCAGUGCCAGCAUUGUCCGGAACUGAAGACCAUGAUGCUGUUCCGAGUUGUGAAAUUAACGAGGAUAGCGAGGGUACUGAAAGUGACACAGAUAUAUUUCCUAAUGGCCCUGAUGAACAAGGUCUUGAUAAUCUAGUUAUGAGUCAGACUGGGUCAGUAGACUUUGCAAGAUUGCCAGAGUCACAGGAAUCAAGAGUUAAACUUGACACAUGUGCAGGAACAGAAACUUGUGAGAAUAAUUCAAGUUUAAGUGCUAGCAUUGAGUCAAUCAAAGCUUGCUCUUGUACCUUUUGCACCAAAGCUGCUUAUAUAUGGUUAGACCUCCAUUACCAGGAUACCAAGGGUCGGAUAAGUGCCAUAAAGAAGAGUCAGAGAGAAGCAAGUCUUUUAGUUGAAAGAAGUUGCAAGGGUAAAGAGAUUCAGAAGGAGGAGGGUCCAGAAAAGGAUAUUGAAGCUGCAAAUCUAGAGUCAAGUUUAAUGGGUCACUGGAAGUCUCUCUUUCAACACAUGGAGCAUAUUUUUCAUAACGAAGCUGACCAGCUAGAAGGUAGUUUAGUUACACUGACUGACCUCAAAGAUAGAUGCAAGGCAGACCUGGAUUCGUUCAAUGGGACUUCAGAGAACUGCUAGUUGGUUCCAAAUCUUUUUUCUGUUUAAGGUUGUUACUUCACAUUCUACUAGUUUGUUUGGUGGCUCGUUUUCACAUGAUCUAUUGUACUUGUGAAAUCUUGUAUAACAGUCUGGUUUAUGUAAAGUAGUUUAAAAUGGUGUAACAUUCUUGGUGAUCAUACAUCACAACAGUAUGAGUCAUUAGAUGAGUGCUGCAGUUUUCAUGAUAGUUUGAGGCUAUAUAUCGAUUGCUUUCUUCAAA